GAGUUCACCGCGCCGCCAUUUUAGGUUUGUUUACGCGCGAAACUUGAAGCAGGGAGAACAUGUCUUUGCCAAUGAUAUUUCAUACCGCAGACUUACCUUUUGACGAUCGCAAAUGCGUUUAUGACGAUAUAUUAGGCUCGUGCAAACCAGAUGAAGUGUCAGACAGAAUAGUAAAGUAUGUUGCUCAAAAUGUGGAGGCGAGUGGUUGGCAGGCAGUUUGGAGAAGUACACCUAAAUCCAGCGGACAUCAUCAACCAUUUGACCUACUUGUACAGGUAAUAACUGCAACAUCGUCUGGAUAUGUUUUCACUAAAACUGGUAUAUUUACUGUUACAACUGGCCUAUUGUAAGUGAUGUUUAUUUCAGUCGAUCGACCUUGGCAUGCAAUUAAAGCAGUAACGGUACAAUGGCCAUGUUGUUUUGUUUUUAAUACUACUGGCUGGGGUUUUUGUCAUUUCGCCAUUUUUAUUUUUUCCUGCAGUUUCUAUUAAUCUACCCUUACUGAGUUAAGUUUGUGUUCAUGAUUUUAAAAAAGUUUGUUUACAGUGGCAAAUGUACUUACCUAGCUUAUCCAGCUUGUUUACAGGCACUCCAUACAAAUAAGCUUAAUAGAAACAAAUAAUUCAAAUACAGCAUAACAGGAUUAAAAACCCCAACUGGCAGGAGGCAACCAGUUGGCUAUUUACAAGCGUGGAUGAGAAUUUGGACUUGGGACGACCGAGUACAAUCCCAGCAAGUGGCAAAAGUGGAACUCAAACACGGGACUGCCACAGUGCAAGCACAACACGGUGACCAUUUGGCCAUGCUUCCUCCCAAAGUUUAUGUAAACAUGAAUGAUGGUUCCACUUAAUGUAUACAGUUGACGGCAGGCUGAGUUGAUUGAAACUAUUACAUUUCCUUCCCCUGUCAGCUCCCCUUCAACCUUGGCAACCCCAAGUUGUCCUACAGUUGCUUGCCAUAGUGGGUGCAGACCCUCUUCCCCUGGGAUGAUUUUUUUACAGGGGGCAAGUCAAAUUAAUUUCAGUUAAACCAUCCUUAAGUGACCACUCAUAACGACAAGAUGAACAUGAAAGUUAUCUGAAUGAAUAGUGCCUCUGAGUUCCAGAGUAUAUACAAAAAAAUAACAAAUUAUUUGUGGCAUCCCAAACCUGUAGAUGAUCAGACAUAUUCAGCUGGUCAUUAACUGCAGGUUAAAAACAGCAAAACAAUAUUAAUCAAUAACUCUUGAAAGUGAUCAUGUAGUCAGAGUGGAUCACUUCAAGAGAUUAGCAUUUUUUGAAAAUGUUGGUGUUUUGGAUAAGUAUUCACCUUUGAGGGAGGCCUGUACAUGAUUUGCUACUCCUGAGCACAGGAAGCCCACACUAACUGAGUGAACCUUUGUAAUGUUUGAAUUUGGAGGAAAUGUAUGAGAAUAUGGAAAAGGUUCAGGAAUAAACAAAGACAUGCCAAAGUUAGUAAAAUGCUGGAGAUUGAUAACAAUGGUGCUUGAUGGCAAUACUAGGCUGAUUUAGCAACAGAACAGGAACAAAUUCAACAACUGGCUUGAUGAAUGGCAGAGCAGCAAAUUGGGCACCGGAAGUCGUGUGGUCUGGCAUUCUGCAUGCAAAUGUAGGGAAACUAACAAGCAAGCAAUGGCCUUUACAAAGCCAGGCACAAAGAUUCACCAUGAAUUCGAUACUAUUUCUGUAAUGUUGAAAUUUUCCAUGGCUUUCAAAUUUCACUAAAAUGCUUAGCAAUGAUUAAGCUCUCAAAGAACCGAUUUUUUUUAAAAUUACAGAGUAAUUUUUAAACUGUUGCUUUAAAACCAAAGAUGACACCUUUUUGUGCUUACAUGAGCAAAUAUAUCUUUUAUCUUGAAAGAAAUAAAAGCCAGGUAUAUAAAUUUGGAUUGUUACGGGCACUGUAAAUCAUCAUUUUUAAUAAUUAAAGAAACAAAAAGUGAAAAAGACAUUUUUUGGGAUGCAAAAUGUUUGAAACAUUAUAUUUCAGUCCAUACUAUUAGCACACUGGAGGAUUUUACUAGAUUUCAAGAAAAUUCACAGUUUCCCAAGAUUUCACAUCAUUGUUAUUCUGUUGCAAUGGAAGUGGUGAUGUCAACAAAACAUAGUCUAAAAUUUUCUUCAAUGUUAGAUAUGUUGUUUCGUGUUUUUUUGUACAUGCACUAAAGCCAAAGUUAUGGAGCAUAACAAAUGAAGGGGUGAGACCUUGCAAACUGGGUGCAAGCCUCCUUAAUUCAUGCAAAAAUAUUUUUCCCAUGCCCUUUCCUGUGGUACAAAAACUAAGUUAGUAAAAAAAAAGCAUAACUAAUGUUCUGUUUUAAUUGAUUGACAGGUGUCAAAUGUUAAUUUUAGUAGCUUAACAGCUGAAAUUAGCAUCUGUGAGCCUCUGGUCUCAGACACACUGAGCAUCAUAGACACAGAAGGUAUAAAUGUAUAUCUCCUUCAUCACAAGAAUUCUGUUCCUUUGAUUGAGUUGUUCCCAGUUUAUGAUGAGUCAGGGCAGUGGGAUGAGACAGCAUUAGCAGUUGAACAUGUCAGGUUUGUACCAUGUGAUCAAUUUUAUUUUAUUUUAUUAGCUUUGCCACAAGACAAAAUAGGAUUUAGGGGAAAAGAAGAAAGAAUGGGUGUGGGGGAGGGGAUCUGAUUAGUAACUGGGAAACCAUAGCUUAAGCCUAUAAUAAUGAACCGAAAGAAACUAAACAGCAAAGUCCUGUUGAAAGUCAUUCUGUUUCCUAGGUCAUACUAUUGUACGGUGCUUUCAAAGGGACAUGAAUUUCUUCUCUCCUAUUUUGUUUUCUGUUUUUGUCCACUGCUCACUUUCCUUGGCUUCUCACUUUUUUGCUAGUCACUUUUUGUUUCCUGCUCCUCAGUUUUUAUCCGCUGCUGACUUUUUUUUUCCUGCCGCUCACUUUAUUCCACUCCUCCAUGGUAGGUACCUUGUAUAUGAUCAUUAUGGUGUAUCAUAUAAUUAUAGCCCUACAUAUCCUUACAUAGCCCAAUGUAGUAAUACAUAGCCAUACAACGACCUACGGAACCCAACAUAGCCAUGCAUAGCCCUAUAUAGCCAUACACAGCCAUACACCCACAAACAUAUCCAUACAUAGCCAUAAACAUGCUACAUAUGGCUAUGAAUGGCUAUGUAUGGCUGGCUAUGCAGAGCUAUGUAUGGCUAUGUUGGGCUACAUGUAUGUAAGGCCAUGUUGAGCUAUAUAUGGCUUAAUAAGGUACACUGUCACUAUGAUAAUCAUAUAUGAGGUACCUACCAAAAAGUGGAAGGACGGUUUUUUUGAGGGUACCAUCCUACUUUGAAGCUCUCUGGUAUCCCCACCUUUACUUUGAUCGUAAGUCUAACAUAUAGCAUGGAUAACAAAAAGAUCAAUCUACAAUACAGCAUAAAAUUUUUGGCGAUCGGAGUAAAUGUCACGUGGUUAUAGUGCCACGCCUUUUUGGGGUCUGAGUCGAAAUUCUGCUGUUGCCGGCAUUUUUUCAUGAAAAUCUCUCGGCUACAUAUAGUGGGUAUUAGUGCCUUGCGUUGAACAGAGUUUCACCAAAAUCGCAAAGACCCAAUGCGAGAAAUUCAGCGGUUUCCAAAUUUAGGUCAUAAUUUAUGCGAAAAUGAUAAGCAAACUUUACACGAUUAUAUCUAAUAAACUAUGAGAUUUAUCCCUUUAUUUUGGGGAUCGUUAUAACAGAUGGGUCCUUGCAAGUCAGCAAAAAGCUUUAGGGCCUUGUAAAUGCGCGCGAUUUCGAGCAAUGCAAACAUAUAGAAAUUAUAGUUUUAGCUAUUUGUUGACGUUUGUCAGCGUUUAAGAGUCCUUCUCACGAAAAAAGCAUUUUCUUAAAAAUUCGUAGUCUUUUUUCCUUCAAAUUUUUUCAGGGCCACAAUUGAUUAACUAACUACCCGGAUUCUGAAUUUCCAUAAGCCCAAGCUUGAGUAAACAUUGAAGAUUUUUAGCGUUUUGGCUGAGUUUGUGCUUUGGGAGUUUUCUAUUGUUUCUAGUCUGUUAUGAUACAGCAUUCUUGUUCAGCACGCGUGCAAUGACCGCGCUUGGCUGACUUCCGAAUGCUCACCGAGAUAUGAUAAUUUUGGUACGGUGAAAAUAGCCGUGAGAAGGGAUUCCCGUCACGUAACGUCUAGACAUGAACACCCUCAGCGCUUUGUAUACUGCAUCCUCGGAGACCCAGGGGCAGAUAGUGGGGGCGAGGGAAAGUCUAAACGGGCGGGAAAAUAAGGCACGAAGAAAAGUAAAGAACGGCGAGAAGAGCCCUGGGGACAAUGUCUUACCAGACCAGUUCCAAACGAAGCCAGAAAAAAUACAAAUUUCGAUUUUCAAAAAUCGAUAAAAUAUACCCUCCGAGAUCACUCGUCUAUAAAUAUACCCUGCGGUUUUUUGAAAAAUGCGAAAUUUGUAGGCAUGGACCAAAUUAUGUGCAAAAACUGUAACAAAAGUAGCUGAAUGCAAGUUACUAAAAUUCUUCUUACUCGAGAUCGCCCGGGGCAAUUCUCCUCUUUUUUUGUACGCAGUUUUCAAAGGAAUCAAACCACUAUGAGAUGAAGCCGCGUUUCCAAAGCUUAUAUUUUUCUUAAAAAUUUAGCUAAUUGUGUGGAUAGCAUGCUAUUUCACUGUUUUUAUGAUGCUUAAAACUUCGUUUCAAAAUAUCUCGAAAACGCUCUCAUACAAUUUGUUCAGACUUUGCCAUAAUUGAGGCAAUUAUGGCAGGUACAAACUCCCUUAAGCGAUUUCUUAAAAAAACUCGUGGUACAGAGAAACACAAAGAUAAAUAAAAAACAUAAUGGCGUUGUUACGUUGCCAUGGCGACUCCGAUUGCAAUAAAACCCAGAUCAUAAGAAAUUUUCAUCUUCAUACAAUACAGUUGUGGUAAUCUUUUUCCCAUAUCUUUGCUCAUGGCGACGUAGUUAAUGCUAAAACUUGGGAGGUAUCCCCUCAAAAAAAUCCAGUCGAGCCACCUUAAACAUGUCCGAUUUGGGCUGGUAAUGUAACGAUAUGUAAAUUCAAGUGAAUGUUUACACAAAGCCAACCCAUCAUGACUGACCGGCUCUUUUCCAGCCAAUCUCUAUUCCCACCCGCAGGCGGUCUGUACACUAACUUCUUACUUGGGGCAAGAUAUUGGGUUAGAUCAGAAUAGGUGGGCAGCCUGGUCAAAAAAUGAUUGUUCCACUUUAGGUUCUUUUAUGACAACAUCUGGCGAGAAUGGGAUGCAGAUGACGAUGGUGAUUACUGUUUUGCAAGUAGACAUCUAGAAACACGUCUUCAACUUUACCAUGAAAUACAAGAUGGAAACUUGCCAAAGGACCUUGUACAGAGAUACAAAGGUACUCCGCUCACCUUGCUGCGUAUCGUGCGUCAGACGGUACUGAUUUACCAUCUGCUGUUCAAUAACUUUUCUUUUUUAAAAUUUCCAAAGAAUAAAUCAAAAUGAACUAUAGAAUCUUUCGGUGUCAAUCAAUUCUUCUUAUCUUUUCAACGAUAAAGGUUGAGACGGAUCAGUAAGAUCGUCAGUCUUGAUCUGCAUAGUUCUUCGUUUGAUGCUAAAGCCGAAAUGAUUUCCAUAACGUACUUUAUUAAACAAAGUUAUCAUCCCUAGCCUGUUUUAAGUUUCUCGCAUCGCCACUACAAAACUACUAGGAAGUAAUCAUUGAUCUUUAAUUAAGCGUAAAUUUGCGUUAUUUCAAAGUUCAUCGCGAUUAUUCCGCCCACCUCAAUUAGCCCACAGUUAACAAAUUUAGUUGAAUUGUUAAGACCAGCAUCUACGUUCAAAACGAGAAAGGAAACUAUGCUGUGGUGUGUUCACGUUCUCAUAUGAACGUCGCAUUAACAAAUUUCACGUCGUAGUUGAGGAGAGAAAAAGACGAAAUGUACCAAAAAGUGAGAUGCAUGUGCAGAAUUAUUUUUUUGUUCAAUAAUCCAAUUUUUUUUCUAACGUUGUCAAAGUCGUCUUGAUUGCUUAAACUCCCUAAUUAAUAAAGUCGAUACGAUUUUGAAAUCACGCGCAUGAUUUCAGACCAAAGUUGUAUUCCACUCAGUUCAAUGACCGUCAAGCGAUGUUGAAUUAAUGCUGCAUUGUUUUUUUGUCUGUGUGGGCGAUUCUGUGCCGUUAUAGAUACUUAUGAACAAUACGGACAGAAGCUUGCAGAACUGAAAAAGCUUCAGGAACAAAUAGGAGCAAGUGACCUUGACCAAGAGCUUGAUGAAAUGGAUGUCCUUAAAUGUGCACAGAUGUCUGAGUUUUGUGAAUCUUUAGCUCAUUCCCUGCAAAUUAUAGAAAAUCCACAGAUGAGGUACCUUUUAGCUUCUGUUUCACCAAAGAUGAUCAGACAGAAACCAAGAGGCAUUAGAAAAGAAGGAGAUGAUCCAGUCACCUUUAUUGUUGCUCCAAAACUACAAGCUGGAAUGCUAAAGUGCUUUCAAGGUAAAUACACUUGCCUAGAUUGUACUUCCACUUUAUCCACCUUGUAAAUGUAGCGCUGGGUGGUCUGUGGAGUCCCUGGCCCUCUCUUAGGUUUGUCACAACUUAGGUGUAUGCUACGUUCAUCCUCUUGAGGUCUCUUAUUUAUGUUGACGCAGCAUAAACAAGUAAGAAAAACAUUUUGACUACUUUAGGAAGCAGCACCAGUCAAUCAAUCACAUUUGUUGCUCUAAAAUCUGUGGAAUGAAAUUCUCACUUUUUUGUUUUGAAGUCUAAGAAAGAGUGGAGAUUAAACUACGGGCCACUGGGGAGACCGUCAACAACCUAGAAUAAAUGUUUUUGUGGCUAAUUCUAAGCCAACAAUUUGUCCAUAUUAAAUAUUUACUUUCUUAAAUCAAAUGUCAAAUCGCUUUCUUUGAGACUUAAUAUGAGACUCCUAACUUUCAUCGAGAAGCAUUUGAAAAUUUAUAGUGAGUUUCAGGAAGAUUUAUUUCAACCUCGUUCCCAGGUUGGUUUCGUUCUAGUUAGUACUACAAAAAGAGUAUUUUGGUCGCAAAGAAUGCCUGGCGGCCUAAAGAGAAGGAACAGACGCCAUUUUAAACCUUGUUUCUUUGCCAAUGUUCUCCCUUUUCAGCGAAUAACCCCUGGCCCCCACGGGGGUGGGCCUGGAAAGUGGCACUACACCAACCUGGCCCUCUGUUACUUGAGGCGUCUGUACUGAUGUAUCAACAAUUUUGCCAGUGGUUUAUCUUUGUCGCACUUAAUCAAGUUAUUUUUGAGUGCCGCACAGCUGAACACCUACCGAUGAUAAUUUGGUUUUUUUCCUUCUCGACAGACAACACAGUGAUAGAGCAUUUCCCGUGCUUGGGAACGGCACUCAAUAGAUAUUAUAAAGGAGACACAGUUGUUGUUUAUCCAGGAAGAUAUAUGCUCGAUAAAGCCUACUAUCUUGCAGAUUCUCUUCAUAUUGUGGGAAAAGGAAAUUCUUCCGAGAUUGUUGGUAAGAGUAUGGGUACUAGCCUUUUCACAGUAUACAUGUAUAUUUAACUACUAAGGGGGCUUCAAACAGGCUUUUAAACAUUGGUCAUUUUGACCCGUACGUUUUACGAUAUGUCAGAAAAAACCAACUACACAAGUUUUCUAGGUUGUUAUUUACAUUCAAAAUAGACGAUUUGUCUUUUGUGUUCUGGUGACAUGGUCCUCCUGUGAAGACAGUAUGACGUCAGUUCACGACAUUUGGAACCAUUUGGUCCCACCACCUUUGAGGCAAAACUCUCCAUUUCGAUGAUUUAUUUACAUAGUUACUUGUCACCUCAUGAAGAAACAGCAGAAAAAAGGCCUCAGUCUAAUUCAAUCCUUUUAGUAUUUAACCUUCAUAGAAAGUGGCAGUAUGGUAAAAUAACUCAACAGUAUGUUAGUCUGUUGCAGUGACAAUGAUGAAUUCACGCUUGAAUGCAAUGCGUGUGACGUAAGCAUCAAGAAUGUAAGCUUUCAGCAGGAUGGAAAUGAUAAUGAAGGACUAAUUAACAUCAAUAGUGGCUGUGUCACAAUUGACAACUGUGAAAUAAGAUGCGUGACAAAUGGCGUGACAGUAAAGAGCAGUGGACAGAUAAUUAUGAGAGACAGUAAACUUCAUGGUGCUAAGGUAAGAGUAUUGUACAGUACCGCAAAUGAUCCCCAACCGCAAAUGAUCCCGAGACCGCAAAUGAUCCCCAAAAUGGACCGCAAAUGAUCCUCGACCGCAAGUGAUCCCUAAAGUCGACCGCAAAUGAUCCCGUGAAAACUUGAGGAAUGGAAUGGAUUUUAUGGGACUGAUUACAAAAAAGGACUGAUUAUAAAAAAGAAUCCUUUUUCUCUCGCCUUUUAAAGAAAAAGGGAAGGAGGACGCUACAUCUCAGGUCAAUUUAUACAAGGUGAAAAAAAAAAUUGAAUAAAUCUGAAAAGUAUGGUAUUAACCGUAUACUUCUUCCUUUGUCGAUUGCUUCAAUUUUUUUGAAGAAUGUUUCGUCUUUUGCAAAAUUUAAGACAGGCAGGACGUUACGCCGAAAAAACUCUAUUAUUUUAACGCCUAGAAGCUCACCUUUUCUACUGAGGAAUACAAAGCUGGGCACCCUCUACAUAACAAGAGCUUUAUUGACUUUACUGAUCUUUUUGAACGCGUGAAAUUAAUCAGCCAGAAUAUUUAAUUUUGAUUUUUCUCUUAAGUGUUAAUUUUACGUGAUAAACAGCAAAACAUUUGUUCGUAACUUAGGUGCCCGUUACGAAACAAGACAUGAUUUAACAUAAACACAAGACAAAAUGCCCCCGAACUUAUCAAUGUCCACAGGUUUCGGUUUAUUUCGAAAUAGCAACUUUCUUACAGCUCAUGAAAGUGUUGUGGAUAGUUAUAUUGGCGCUUUUAUGUAUAUUCAUUUGUUGUGCCUUUGCUGAAGGCAGUUACCAGGAAUCUAAACCUGGUAAUGAGAAACACAAAGCCAGGUGAGCGGUAGUUAUCGCGUGACAAAAAACACCGUCAGGGAAACCGUCACAUUCACAGACAAAAAAGAAAAAUCGCUUAUGAUUAUUCGGAUCCAGGAGGCACUUUGGAGAAAAAAAUUAAACAACCUAGAAAAAAAACCCUUAUUUAGCGGCAAUGAAGAGCUGACUGCAUUUAUAAAAAGAGGUCAAAGGAAACAGAAACAUUUUUAUGAAAUGCUCGAUUGCAUCAAAAGGGCAAAUCAUGCCGACCAGAAACAACAAUAAUCGCAUUUCAUGAAUAAAAAAUGCAUGUCAUGACCUCUCAGUAUGAAAUAAGCGGAAAAAAAAGAAAAAGUCACAUUUGCUUUGAAUGAUUUUUUUUCCAUUUAGACAACUUUUUUUUUAGUCAUUUAUUUAUUUGAGAAGAAUUUAAACGUUUUUACGUCUUUUUCAAAUUGGUCAUUUUAAUCUGACACCUUUUACUGUAAUAAUAAUAAAAAUCGACACGAUGGUCCGAUGUUUUAACUGUUGAGUCCCGGUCAUUCGGCUCUUUUUUUUUUUCAGGGGAUCAUUUGCGGUCGACGUUUUCCGUUUUGGGGAUCUUUGGAUUGCCAUUUUCUGGGCGGUCGAGAAGUUUCAUUUUCGGUCCAUUUUCAAAACAAGGAAGGGAUCAUUUGAAUGGGUCUUUUUUCAUGUUGUUGUGGAUCAUAGUUGUUACGUAGAUGCGGUUGGGGAUCUAAAUAUCUCGCUUCGUUAACCAAUCAGAAUGCGAGAUUUUACUUAAUUAUGCGAUUCUAGCAGCAAUUACCAUGCUAUGAGCAUUUCUAAACUGCUUUUCGCUAUUUUUGGCUAUUUUUUUUUUAAUUAAGAAACUAAACACUUUCACAUUUGCCUGUGGUGCAUCACUUUAUUUUGACGUAAUAAAAUGAGUGUAAAGAAUGACUUUCUGAAAAGAUAGCUAUACAAUAAUGAUUUUGUAUAGCUUACAACAUUUUAAGGUGACCCUUUUUUUUGAAAAAAAAAAAAAUCCUUGAGGAGGAAAAAAAAAUAUUUUAGGAAAAAAAAUAUCCUGCCCACCAUAGAAAAAAAAUUUAUUUGAGAAGUAAACUUUAGCUUUUAAUCUGACUUACUGUAAUAAUAAUAAAAUCGACACGAUGGUCCGAUAACUUGAGUCCCGGUCAUUCCUAUUUUUCUUUCGGGAUCAUUUGCGGUCGACUUUGGGGAUCACUUGCGGUCGAGAAUCAUUUGCGGUCUCGGGAUCAUUUGCGGUUGGGGAUCAUUUGCGGUACUGUACAGUAUUCACAUUUAUUAUUAUAUUAAAGUGUAAUAAUAUUCCUCUUUGCUUUUAGAAAACUUUCUUGACAGGUUAGAUACAAAGCUCAACAAUGGAAGUACAGUCAACGAUUGAAGUUCUCGUAACGACCACUACAGAAAUUCCAGCGAUCGCAAGCGAUAAGUAUGGUAAAACAAUAGAGGAUGAUCGCUUACGAGAGCUUCAGAAAAUCAUUAAUAAUUCUGGGAGGUCUUUGCCGCGAAGGCUAAGUGGACUCUUACAGUUACAAUACUGCACUGUACAAGAUCUUUAACAACGAAACAUUAGCGCAGCGUGCAGUUUCAUUAAAGUGAUGAUUUAAAAGUCGAUUACUAGAGCUUACAAACAAAGAAAGAGUCCAGUCAGUUGGGUAAUCCCAAAAGUGGUCGCAGUCGCUUACGGGAAAGGUCGCACUUGCGAUAGCUUUUCAUUACAAAGUUCACGUCACAGUUCAAACGGGGUUUCACAAAGGUUGUGGCACCUUGAGCUGGUCGCUUACGAGAGUGGUCGAAAGGAGAGCUUCGACUGUACUAUUAAUUUGCUGAAAGCGGCUUUGAGAGAAAAAAAAUCCCGAAAAUGACAUGAAAGUGUGAUGGUAUAAUCACGCUUCAGAUAAAUAUGGUGAAGAGAUGUGAUAAACACCCGUUUCUUCUAGGAUUCCUUCUCUGCCCUCCUUAAAUAAACUUUCCCAUAAAGAUCUUCUUAAACUUCUGAACGCUUACCGUAAAAGGAAAAAAAUUCUUCCCAAUUCUUUGGUGCCUGGACAUCAGUUAUAACACCACGCUCGCUGCGUGUCGUGUUUGAUAUAUUACGUAAUCUAAUCUAAUGAAUUUGAUGACAAAAGGGGGAAGUAAAGACGUCUCCUCCUGUAAACAUUCACAAAUUGCACCCUAAACUGAGGUUGUUAUUUAUCCAGUCUGCAGGAAUUAUAGUUUACCGUGGAGCAGGUGUUUGUCUAGAAAACAACAAGUUCUAUGAUAAUGGCGAAUAUAGCAGCGAUUCUCCGUCAGAGCAACCCACUGGAGCCAUUUUACUGGAGGUCUGUCGUAUUUUUACUAACAAAAUUAAAUGCCAAAUGUAUCGAGAGUGCUUGAAAAUUCUUUCGAAUCGUUUCUUUUCUCUGUGGGUGCGUUCAAUUUGGAAAUCUGGAUUUAGAUUUUAAAAUCCGGAUUUUGGAUUUGCAAUCGAACGCGAAAUCUGAAAACGGAUUUCAACACUGAGAUAUCUGUUCUUGAAUUCCCUUUCUUUCCGUUUUUUUGGGAAAUCCGAAAAACGAUUUGAUAAACAGUUCUUAAGAACAGCGGCCUUGCACGCUCACGCAUAAUUAGCAAAAAGAAGACCACAGUUCACGAUAAUAGUUUUGCAUAUUCUUUUUCGGAUUUCCCAAUCGAAUAGUAAAAGGAAAUCCAUGAAAUCCGGAUUUGGAUUUCUUAAUUGAAAUCCACCAUAAGGACGGAUUUCUCGGAGGUGAAAUCCGUUUUCGGAUUUCGCGUUCGAUUGCAAAACCCGAAAUCCGGAUUUCCCAAUCGAACGCAACCUGGAUGCCCCGGCUAAACAGUCCAACAUUUUCGCCCAACAUCAUGGUUCAUUUUAACGUAACUAUUUGGCCAAACCAUGGUAAAUAACCCUCUUAAAAUCGAGCGUGUGCCGAAGACCAAAUUUCGAGAAUUGCCGGGUUAUAAAAGUGGGGCACUGGUCCGGGCCGUAAGUUCUUUGUUGUUUCCCUUCUCAAAGAACAAAAAGAACGUCAGCAUUGGAGGCUACUCGACUUCUAACUUUCGCUUUCUCUCCUCCUCGUUUAUUUCCGCCUCCCCCUUUUUUUUCUCUUUAGCUGGACAUCUACUAGGUUUCAUUUCGUUAGGAAAAGAUUUCGCAAAAACCCGAGGAUCAUGAAAUUAUGUUGAUAUUUUGAAGGAAAUACAAGCAGGUAGUGGAAUAAGACUUAGAGUUUCCUAAUUUUCUGGUUACCUUUGGUUUUCUCUUACUCGUUUAACUGAAGUGAUUCGUUCAUUUGGUAAUUUUUGAAAGAUGUCUAUGACCUUCAAAACUAGUGACGUCACAAGUGGUACAAGGGAUGUGAAUGCACAUGUGUUGUUUCCGGUGGUUGAGGCCUGCCGUGAGUGUGUUAUUAACGGCCACAGUGUUGUCACAAAGUUAAGGGUUCUGAUUGGUUGCUUUCUGUUUCCAACUACUGUACUUAGCUUUGUUCAAGAGGUAACUAAGCGAAUUUAAAACAGUGAAAAAAAAGUUAGAUGAAAACUGCUUGGGAAACCAAUCAAAUGCAAAGUUGAGAGAGGAAAGUACUGAAAAACCUUAACUGAACAUAGUAUUUCAACUGACAUCAAUUCCUGUUGAAUGAAUAUGUUUGAUCGUUGAGCCGCAGCUUUGGAGUCAUUUCGAAUCCUUGUGCAGCUGCCAGCCAAAACGUUUCUGUUAUGAAUCGACAUUCCACAAUAUUUGCCAAAGCACCUGUUGAAAUUUAAAAAAAGAUUUUUUUUUGUUGACCUUUAAAAGAAAUGGUCAAAGUAUGCGCAUAACUUUAAUGUUGAAUAUAAUACAAAAAAUCUUUUGAGGUUUAUUUUUUUCUUGGACUCUUUUGUUCGUUCUUCUUAUUUAUUUAUUAUUUAUUUAUUAUUUCGGAGUUCCAAAACCCUAACUUUCAAAACGAGACUAUGUGCGAAACCUUUCUUGUAAAAUGAAUUUUAUUUGCUUGAGAAUAAAAUGAAAUCGUUUUCGUAUCAAUGGCUUCGCACUUAGCCUCACUUUGAAGCAGAGGCUUGAGACAUCUCGAAAAUGACCUAAUAAUCCUCCUGAUUUUUUGCAGGCAGUGUCAGAUUUUCGAAAGACCAAAGCUGUUCUGACAGACAAUUAUAUUUCAAACAACCACUAUGGUAUCUGUGUGAAGAAAGAUGACAAGACGUACAAUGCAGCCAGUGAAGAUCCUGAGCAUGGCGUUGAAAUAGAGAUGUCAAACAAUGUCUUUGAGGAUAAUAUUUAUGGGGACAUAAGUCACGUCCUUGUAAAUGAGGACUAA